GUUAGUCCCUCCCCCAGAAGCUGGCAGGUUUUUCCAACGCCUCUCAGCGGUGCAUCACGGAGGUUUGGAAGCGGGUGGGGAAGACGCGGGCAACGACUGACCCUAUUACACUAAAAAUUGUAUUCAGGGUUGGUUUGCCCGGUCCGAUUUCCAACCUAAUAACGUCGUACUUGCUCUCACAUUUCAUCCCAGACCUGACAUCCCCUCUAAUGUCGGAUUUCAAGCUUGGGAUUGUUCGACUUGGCCGUGUGGCCGGGAAGACAAAGUACACUUUGAUUGAUGAGCAAGACAUACCAUUGGUGGAAAACUAUGCCUUUGAGGCACGCAUGGAAGUUGAUGCAGAUGGGAAUGGGGCAAAAAUCUUUGCUUAUGCCUUUGACAUCGGCAAGGGUAGAUGGGCUGGUCGACCACUGCAUGAGUUACUCUGGGAAAAGCACAGAGGUGGAAUUGCUCCAAGUUUCCAAGUAGUUCACAUUAACUCAGUCACAGUGGACAACCGUCUAGACAACUUGCGUCUUGUUCCUGUGGGAUGGAGUCCCAAACCAGAAGAACUGUCCAGCAAACAAAGAGAGCAGUCUUUGUACUGGCUGGCCAUCCAGCAGGUUCCAGCAGACCCAGUGGAAGAGCAGUACCUGGAGUUGAGUCGCACACGCUACUACAAUGCCAACGGAGAGCUGGUGGAAGAGGAGGAGUGCUCCUGCACCUACUACGAGUGUCACUACCCACCUUGCUCGCUCAUUGAGAGGAGGCUGAGGGAGUUCAACAUCUGCGGACGAUGCCAAGUGGCACGCUACUGUGGCUCACAAUGCCAACAGCGAGAUUGGCCAGCCCAUAAGAAGCAGUGCCGUGAGCGUAAACGGGUUCUGGCGCUGGAGUCUGAGCCCGAGCGAUGAUCCCCCUCAAUCCCAGUUUGAAGAACGAUGGUCACAGGGGGUGUGGGGUGAGACUGAGAUGAAAUUGAAAAACUGACUGGUAGGAUAGGGGACAAUUUUGGUGGGUUGGAUGGGCCUAUUGGGGGGAAAAACAUACUUCCCAGAACUUUCAUAUCUCCACAACUUGCCUAUGGGGAUUAUGGGAAAUGGAGUUUUUUUGUUGUUCAGAGGGAGGUCUUAAAGGCUCCACCUGCUGCUAUGGAUGUGUGUUUAAUGAAGAAAAACACCAUGCCGUCAUAACUCUUUCUCUGUGGACUGCAUAUGAGUAUUGACAGUCAUGCGCUCGCUUGUUCCAUCCGCCGUUCUGUCAUGAAGUAUUAGCCGCCGAGGGACAAAACUGCUGUACAACUGAUGAUGAGAUGGAAUACGGACCUCUUCACUGUACUACCCUUCCUCCUCCUUUUCUCCCAGUUGGACUUCUUGUGCACAUAAUCUAGCACAUAGUCACUCACCUGCCAUACCUUCAUCAAGUAUAAAGCCAAUAGCUGUGCAAAACCACACCACCAGUAUUGUGUGUGCAAUGCCAUUAUUGACUGAAGGACAUGAAGUGGUUGAUUCUUUUUUUUUUUUUUUUUUUUUUUUUCUGGGAUUUUUUUGGGUUGCAGUGUUGCAGGGGAAUAUGCCUUUUGGGGUGGGGGGAUGUCACUUUUCUGUCUACCUGUUUUUGAAAUGCAUUACAAUCCUAUUUACCUUUCACACUCAUGUCAUGUUUAGUUUCAUUUACUAUAACAAGCACUCAGUUAGAGAGAUGUCCUGGGAAAAACUUGAAAACCCACAUGGAAAGUUGACUCUGAUUCGUAUUGUCAACGUGUUCUUGGAUGUCUAAAAUUGUCAUUUGGGUCCCAGUCAUUCAAUGUUUAGUCUUGUUUGUCUUAAAAUCUUUGUCAAAGUGAGUUUAACACAUGAAUUUUUUUUAAAAUAUUUUAUUUUAUUUUUUUUUUAGAAAUUUCUCUUCUUGAUACAAAAAUAUAUGUGCACACAAGUUCCAAGUGUGUCUUCCUCUUACGUCAAGGGCAACUCUACCAAACUGUGACGUGCACUCACAAAUAAGCAUGUAUAAUAGACGCAUACAUGUGAUGUUUGUCUGUGUUCGUAUUCCGAAUAAUUUAUUUAUCUGGUUGGGGUUGAACACUGUGCACUGAAUAUCCUCACUUUGAUCCUUGUUCUUUUCUGAGAAAUGGGAGUUUAGGAUAGGCUGGGGGUGUCUGUUCUUUUUAUUUUUUCUAAGCUAUUACCAUACAAACAUUAAAUGCAUAAAUAUGUGAAUGGACAAAGUUUGUGAUAACUGACCAUCUCUUGUCACUGUAAUAUAUAAGAAUAAAAUUAAUGAAAUAAAAUCUCAAAUGUGUAAAGGUUAA